ACUUCUUGCGAGAGACCAAGCUAGAUUUGAAGGUUAAAGGUUUUGCUAAAGGUUAAGAGAUUGAGAAAUAUGACAAAUUUAAAUGCAUUUACACUGAAAAAAGUAAUUGUUCAUGAAAGAGGACAAAUAAAAGAAAUUAUUUUGCUUUAUCAGGGUAGCCACAAGUGAAACUUAAGUUAGUUUAUAUAGUUGUAUGUAUACAGCAAUAGGGACUCAAAGGUAAGGUAACAGUUAUUUUGCCAUUAUCUAUUGAUUCUAUACACUGUAAAAAGUUUUCACCGGUUUCAACUUAAAAACCUAAGUUUAGCAGAUGCCUUAAAGGUUAAGUUAAAAAGUCAUUUUAACUCAGUUUAUUGUAGUGAGUUAAAAUGGCUUAUAGUUUUAAGUUGAUUUAACUUAAAAUUUUAAGGCAGCUGCUGAACUUAAGGUUUUAACAGGCCCCAUCUUAGUUAAGAAUACUCCUUAUCUGCACUAAGCAAGCAAGUGACAAGUAUAUGAAAUCUAUCAAGUUUUCAAAUGUUACUUGGGUUUAUGCGUAAACAUGCCCCAAAACAGUAAAGCUAUACCAUUUUUUUUCUUAAUCACCUUUUUUUAGACAUUAUAUCACAAACUUUAUUUCUUUUGCUUAAACAAAUGAAAGAGACCCGCUGUCUAAACUCAUCUGUGUAUUUCUGCACAGACAGAUGCUGUCACAUUCUAUAACCUGAUCAUCUGCAGAGAGAAACUUCCAUUCAGUUACACCAAAAUACAUAAUGAUAGAUGUAAAAACACUGCCAUGACACUAUUUAUUAAUGAUUUAUUUCUUAAUGUAUUUAUUUCAUGUUCACUGUCAGUAAUCUUUUAUAUUACCUUAUGAUGUUUGACUGUUGGACAUUGUUAGUAUACAAAUAAGUAAACCUGUGAGAGUGUUAACAUGUGCUUUUUUCCUAAAUUUUUUCCAAAUGUGUCCUUAGUUGAAGAAACACCAUAAAAAAAAAUGAAAUUUACAGUAAAAUUAGCAGUUGCCAGAACUUUACUGUAAAAUAUGGUAGCAACAUUUCAAGUUGCUCUGAAUAUUGAAGCCUGAUUUGUUCACGUACCUUUAGCUAAUGAACAAAUUCAGCCUGCCAAAACAGGCGGUGUCAACUCCGUACAUAAGUUGGCUCUGAAUGCCAUUUCGUCAGAAUUUUCUCCUUCAGCGCCAUGAUCAUCUCCUCACUGAACUCUGAAGAUGAAUAAAGAAGCCUGCUUUUACAGUAAAAGAGCUUCAGCAGAGGAAAGAUGCUCCUCUUCAGCACUUCUCCUCUGCGGCCAUCCGGCAAUCACAAAGAGCAAAUUUCCUAGGAGCAAAUUUUUGCGGCAUUGUUGCAAAUGCCGCGCCACAAGUGUGGCUCAUGCAGGGCACCCCAGCAUGCUUCAAAUAGGCACACUGAACCUCCCGCCAAAGACCGGCGCUGUUUUUCUAGAAGUUCAAAAUGAAAUUACAAAAGGAAGGCGUUACUUGGCGUUCUGUCAAGUGACAGAGAUCAAGGACGUGGACAAAGCUGCUAUCCUCAACUCCCUUCUCUGUCCCACAGCCCUGCUGUAGUUGGAUUUGCAGAGCACUUCACAGCAGCACAGGAGUCAUCGCAAGCUAUGAGCCACUUCCUGCCUAAGCGCUCCAUCUUGGCAGCUGGAUUAUGUCACCAGAAGACUCUCAGCAGCUUGUGAAGCCCGUGCUGUCUUCAGCUCUGCCUGAAGUCUGCCUGAAAAUCAGAGUUUGCACUCUGAUAGCUUCCUUAUGCUGGGUACACACCUCAAGAUAAUCGGGCAGAUUCUGGGCUGAUUUCUCCCCUUCCAACAAUCCUAGUUUAUUUUCCAAAGAAUGCGUAUGUCUGCAAGACGCUUGUGGAAACACAAUCUGUACAAGAACUGAGUCCUGAAGAAUCUUGAACUACUGUCACCCUGUCUCUCAGUUUUCUAUGAGAUCUCUCAGUAAUCCCUCCGUACUGUUUACUUUUAAGGCACACAUCAACCAAUGUCACAGCAUGUAAAGCUUCUGAGGAUUGUGCUGAAAACAGCACAGUAAUGUUUCAUUAAUUAAUAUAUCGAGACUGUGACCAUGUUCACUUUAAGGAUUAUUAUUCUUAUUACACUCAUUGUUCCUCUUAACUAUGAACUUUGUUCUUGUCAGUGUGCUCGUGCUGAAUAUAAGAUAGACAAGCAAUGCUGCCCAAUGUGUGCACCUGGAAACCGUGUUCUUUGGCACUGUACAGAUGAUACCAGCACAACUUGUGUUCCAUGCCCUCCAUUAACUUUUAUUGACGAACCAAAUGGCUUCAUGGAAUGCUUUCCCUGUACUGUAUGUGAUGCAAACCAAGGUUUAAGAGUGAAUAAAGUAUGCACUCAGUCAUCAGAUACUGUUUGUAAACCACUAGAGAGAUUCUACUGCAUUGAUAAAAAGAAAAGCAGCUGCACUUCAGCUGUGCAACAUUCAGAAUGUAACCCUGGACAAUAUAUCAAACAAGCAGGUACUGGCUCCACAGAUACUAUAUGUGCUGACUGUACAGGUGACACAUAUUCAAAUGGAUCUUUCUCAUCCUGUUUACCACACACAAAAUGUGAGGCCCUGGGACUUGCUGAAACAAAUCCAGGAACACAUUCAUCUGACUCUGAAUGUGGAAAUUCCCCUACUGCUGUAGCAAUCAUUGCUCCUAGUGUUAUAGUGACUUUAGCAUUAGCAUUAUUUGGAGUAGUUUUCAUAUUUAAACAUAUUUGGAAGAAGAAACAAUCCAAAAGUUCAGUUGUUGGUUGCAGGAGAAUUGCUGAAUCAUUUGAAACAGAAGGACAAGUCAAGACAAUUUGCGAAUGAUUGCAGUUUCUAGUAUUACUCAUUUCCUGAAGGAGUUAUCAUGCCUGAAAUUUAGCAGUUUGAGCCACAGACAUUUAAACAAAAAGUCAAACAGCAUUAAAUGAUUUUGCCAUCUUCUAUAAUCAGUUACUAAUGAAGUACUGUGUGUGCUAAGCCUCAACUGAAUACUGAAUGUAAUGUCAACAAGUACAUGAGUUAACAUAUUACAACUGCAUUAUCAAAAUACAGUUAUGAUACAGUAUUUUAUUGAUUUUGCACAAUUAUAUGUUUUUGAAGGAUUACUUAAAAUAAUAUGAUAACAUUUUUUUGACAAGUGAGCACUAUCUAUCUGUGUGUUUUUGUUAUCUUUAUGGUAUGCUACUUUUGUCAACUUCUCAAAGCCAAUAUAAGUAUUCUAGUAUUAACAAACAAGAUGACCUUUUCCUUUAUCCAUUAUAAUAGACAGUAUAAUGGAUAAAGGACUCAUAUUUAACUUCAUACUAUGGUUCAAUAUUUUUAAAAAAAACCUUAAUGGAUUUGUUUUAGUUAAGAGUAGUAAUUUGCUUUCUCUGUAAAAAAAACACAUCACUUUGCGCUGAAGGUGAAAAAAACCUUCUCUAUUUGUGUCUGCUACCUGCUAAAUCAGGGGUAACCAAACUUGUUCCUGGAGGGCCAGUGUCCUGCAGAGUUUACCUCCAACUUUCCUCAGUAAGACUUUUCCUAGUAAGACCUUGAUUAGCUGGUUUAGGUGUGUUUGAUUAGGAUUGGAGCUAAACUCUGCAGGGACACUGGCCCUCCAGGACCGGGUCUGGUGACCCCUGUGCUACAUAGUGAACACACAGUAGGACAUUUUGUCAUGUGUUCAUUAUGUUCCAUGGGAAUACAGAAUCCUGGGAACACUGAAUCAAUUCUGACCAGAAGGACAAAAAAUUAGCCUACGCUACGGAUACACAAAAAAGACUUCACAUACAAAUCAGUCAUUGUUCAACAGUUUUUUUCUUUUUCUCCAGCAGAAACAAUUACUUCUUUCUCCUUCUGUUCUGUUCUGUGCCAGUGUCAAGUCAUGUCCAACAGUUUGAAUGCUUUUUGAAAAACACAAAAUGUAAAAAAAUGCUAUAUGAAUUAAACACAUUAUGGAAAAUAAAAUGUGUUUCAGCUAAACUA